GCGUACUAUUUUUCACAAAAACAAACAAUACACUGUCAUCUCAUCACCGACGAGAAAUAUUAUUAACAGCUAUAUCAAUUUAUAUUUUUAUUUAGUAUAAAUACCUUUUUGUGUUGCACUAUAAAGACACUUACUCACAUACACAAAACCUCCAUAGAAAUGAGCUAAGUUUUGCUGUAUGAGUUACACACACCAUUCCCGUGCAUAUGAUGAAAUCCCAAAUGCGAAAGAAAUCACGAAAGCUAGCUCCAAUCGCAGCCCUAACACUCCUCCUAUCAAUCUCUCUAUACCUCUCCUUCAUCGGCGAUUCCUCCCACCACAAACUACCCCAAACUCUCCCUUCACACCACGAUCCGCCCCAAUUCGACCAAUGCGACCUGUUUUCCGGCGAAUGGGUGCCGAAUCCGGACGCCCCCUGCUACACCAAUGAGACCUGCUAUGCGAUUCAGGAACACCAGAAUUGCCUCAAAUUCGGCCGCCCCGACACCGGCUACCUCAAAUGGAGGUGGAAGCCCGACGCCUGCGACCUCCCCCUCUUCCAACCCGACCGCUUCCUCCAAUUGAUGCGGGGAAAAUCGUUAGCGUUUGUUGGUGAUUCCGUCUCCAGAAAUCACAUGCAGUCCUUGAUUUGCCUCUUGUCCAAGGUUGCUCUGCCGAAAGAGUUCUCAGAAUCUGGGAAGCAAAUAUGGCACCGAUACAGAGAGCACGAUUUCAACAUUUCAAUAUUCUGGACGCCGUUUCUGGUGAAGACCGGAAUCCUAGACCCUUCCCUCAAUCGCCCCUUCGAUAUAUACCUCGACGAGUUCGACGACACGUGGUCCGACCAGAUCGCGAAUUUCGACUACGUCAUCCUCUCCGCCGGCCACUGGUUCUUCCGGCCGAGCUACUUGUACCUCAACCGCCGCCUCCACGGCUGCGUCUACUGCCCGGAGCCGGACUCCAACAUCACGCACCUCGCGCCGUCCUUCGCCUUCCGCCGCGCCUUCCGGACGGCCCUCCGCGCCAUCAACGAAGCCGCCGGCUACGGCGGCGUGACGUUCGUGCGGACGUUCGCGCCGUCGCACUUCGAGGGCGGCGCGUGGGACCAGGGCGGGAACUGCCUGCGGACGGAGCCGUUUAGGAGGAACGAGACGGCGCUGGAGGAGCGGUUCAUGGAGAUCUACGCGAUCCAGCUGGAGGAGCUGGGAAUUGCACGGAGAGCAGAGAGGCGAAACGGAGGGAGGUAUGUGCUGUUUGAUACGACCAAGCCCAUGUUGCUGAGGCCCGAUGGGCAUCCUAGCAAAUAUGGGCAUUUGCCAGGGGCAAAAUUGGUAAUGCCCAAUGACUGCGUGCAUUGGUGUUUGCCUGGCCCCAUUGAUGCUUGGAGUGAUUUUUUGCAGGAAUUGUUGAGGAGAGAAAUGGGUCACAAAUAGAAAUUUUAUUUUGUUUCUUCUUUUUUUUUUUCAAAAUUAAGUGGAUCGGAUAAGUGGACGAGCAUAAAAAAUUCAUUAAGUAUUUUUUUUGAACGAUUUGUUUUAUUUUUCAAUAAUCUUGAUUUCUGGUGAGAUGUGAUGUAAUUAUUUACUAUAAUUUCAACUUUUGUGUGGGUGUGUGUUAUGAGAAGUUUUUUAUUAUUUGAA